GGAGGUUGCGCCGCAGUAACAGCCGCGUCCGCUCCCGGUCCCUGGCCCUUCAGCGGCAUGGCGUGCGGGGCAACGUUGAAGCGGCCCAUGGAGUUCGAGGCGGCGCUGCUGAACCCCGGCUCUCCGAAGCGGCGGCGCUGCGCCCCUCUGCCCGGCCCCACUCCGGGCCUCAGGCCCCCGGACGCCGAGCCGCCGCCGCCGCUGCUUCAGACUCAGACCCCACCGCCGACUCUGCAGCAGCCCGCCCCGCCCGGCAGCGAGCGGCGCCUUCCAACUCCGGAGCAAAUUUUUCAGAACAUAAAACAAGAAUAUAGUCGUUAUCAGAGGUGGAGACAUUUAGAAGUUGUUCUCAAUCAGACUGAAGCUUGUACUUCAGAAAGUCAGCCUCACUCCUCAGCACUCACAGCACCUAGUUCUCCAGGUUCCUCCUGGAUGAAGAAGGACCAGUCCACCUUUACCCUCCAGCAAGUUGGAAUAAUAUGUGAGCGUCUCUUAAAAGACUAUGAAGAUAAAAUUCGGGAGGAGUAUGAGCAAAUCCUCAAUACCAAACUAGCAGAACAAUAUGAAUCUUUUGUGAAAUUCACACAUGAUCAGAUUAUGCGACGAUAUGGGACAAGGCCAACAAGUUACGUGUCCUGAAGCUUUCUUGCAUAUCUGGGUACCAGGUUUGACCUCAAGAGAUGGCUGCUGUACACUUUUUGCAACUGGUUUGAUAUCACAUUUCAGCUCCAACUUUGCAUCCUGAGAACACUUAAAUGUUUCUGCAGGUCCAUUUUAUACAACUUGAAAGACCUUAAAACUUUCUGGUUGCCA